UGCCAUUUCGUUAUUAUCUGCUUAAUUGUGAAAAUGUCACUUGUUUCGUACUUAUAAAAGUCGUAAUUAUUGAAGAAAACUAAAGUUAUCGUGGAAUUGUAUAUGUAAAAGCGUAUUUUUCACACGUUUCAACGGUCGGAUCGUGUGUUCCUGCCAGAGUAUAGACUCGCUUCACGUGUCUUUUACCACCACUUGCUGACUAUCGAGGGAGGAAAGGACAGUUUUGUUCGAUUUUUUAAAGUGAUCUCGUCAUUUAGAUUUAGCUAAAUUGUCUUUUUUUUUUUUAUAAAUGGCACGUAACAUAAAUUAACGUGUCAUUCCUCGCUUCUGACAUCACGAUUCCAACAUAACCGGGGCAACUACUCGGAAGCCUUUACCUCUAAAGUCUUACAAGGGACCAUCUCGGUUUGUACAAGCAAUGAAUAUUGCAAGAGGAAUGGGGCUAACUUUUAAUAAAAUAAAUCACUUGAAGGAAUGCUUAUUUUCUCCUAAACAUUUAUUGUACACAAAUAUAGGGAUAUCGAUUUCUCUUUCUGGCAUAGGAGAUGUUUUAGAGCAACAUUAUGAAAUAUUAAAGGGCAAAUGGGAUAAAUGGAGUUUUACCAGAACGAGAAAUAUGUCUGUAUCUGGCAUGUCUAUCGGAAUAGUUUGUCAUUACUGGUAUAAUUUUUUAGACACUAGAAUGGCUGGACGUACUAUUGGUAUGGUUUUAAAAAAAGUGAUUAUUGAUCAGUUAAUUUGCUCACCUCUCUGUAUAAGUACAUUUUUUUUUACACUGGCCUUGAUGGAGAAUAACAGUUUGACAGAGUUUAAGAAUGAAAUUAGGAAAAAAGCGCAUAGACUGUAUAUAGCUGAAUGGGUCAUUUGGCCUCCAGCACAAGUUAUUAACUUUUAUUUUCUUCCCACACGUUACAGAGUACUUUACGAUAACAUGAUAUCUCUCGGUUAUGAUGUCUAUACUAGCCAUGUAAAAUAUGAUAUGGAAACAAUUAGUAGAUAAUGCUAGUUUAAUUAUAGUAAAAUAUUUUUGUAAAAUUACAAAUAUAAUUUAAGU